AUGCGGGCCGAGCUCUGGCUCCUCGUGCUGGUGCUCAGGGAGGCUGCCCGGGGGCUGAGCCCCCAGCCCGGAGCAGGUCAGGAUGCAGGCCGAGGCUCUGGAGGGGCCGUGCAGGGGACCACCAUGCAGGGCUGGAAUCGGAGAGCCCGAGAGAUCCCUGGCCAGGCGUCGGAGCCGGACAGGACUCAGCUGAGCCAGGACCUGGGUGGGGGCACGCUGGCCAUUGACACACUGCCGGAUAACGGGACCAGGGUGGUGGAGGACAACCACAGCUACUAUGUGUCCCGUCUCUAUGGUCCCAGCGAGCCCCGCAGCCGGGAGUUGUGGGUGGACGUGGCCAAGGCCAACCAGAGCCAAGUGAAAGUUCACCGAAUCCUCUCCAACACCCACCGGCAGGCUUCGAGAGUGGUCUUGUCCUUUGAUUUCCCUUUCUACGGGCAUCCUCUGCGGCAGAUCACCAUAGCAACCGGAGGCUUCAUCUUCAUGGGUGAUGUGGUCCAUCGGAUGCUCACGGCUACUCAAUAUGUGGCUCCUCUGAUGGCCAACUUCAACCCUGGCCGCUCGGACAACUCCACAGUUGCUUACUUUGACAAUGGGACAGUCUUUGUUGUUCAGUGGGACCACGUCUACCUCCAGGACCGGGAGGACAGGGGCAGCUUCACCUUCCAGGCAGCUCUGCACCAAGAUGGCCGCAUCGUAUUCAGCUACAAAGAGAUCCCUAUGCCCGUCCUGGAAAUCAGCUCGUCCCAGCACCCCGUCAAAGCAGGCCUGUCAGAUGCCUUCAUGAUUCUCAAUCCAUCCCCGGACGUACCAGAAUCUCGGCGAAGGACCAUCUUCGAAUACCACCGUGUGGAGCUGGACCCCAGCAAGGUCACCAGCACAUCUGCUGUGGAGUUCACCCCAUUACCAACCUGCCUGCAGCAUCGGAGCUGUGACACCUGCAUGUCCUCAGACCUGAUCUUCAACUGCAGCUGGUGCCAUGUCCUCCAGAGAUGCUCCAGUGGCUUUGACCGCUACCGCCAGGAGUGGCUGUCCUAUGGCUGUGCCCAGGAGGCAGAGGGCAGGACGUGUGAGGACUUCCAGGACGAGGACUCCUUCUCGUCCUCCCCCGACAGCUCCUUCAGCCCCUUUGACGGAGACCUCACCACCACCUCCUCUUCCGUCUUCCUCGACAGCCUCACCACGGAAGAUGACACCAAGUUGAACCCCUAUGCAGAAGGAGAGGGCCUUCAGAACAACCUGUCCCCCAAGACAAAGGGCCCCCCCUUGCACCUGGGCACCAUUGUGGGCAUCGUGCUGGCCAUCCUCCUCUUGGCGGCCAUCAUCCUGGCCGGGAUCUACAUCAGUGGCCACCCCACCUCCAACGCUGCGCUCUUCUUCAUCGAGCGGAGACCUCGCCGCUGGCCGGCCAUGAAGUUCCGCAGCCACCUUAACCACUCCACCUACACAGAAGUUGAGCCCUCAGGCCACGAGAAGGAGGGCUUCGUGGAGGCCGAGCAGUGCUGA